AUGAAAAGAUCACUUUUAACUUUGACUCUGUUAUCAGUCGCUUUUGGCCAGCCUGUGUUUCUAUGGCCAAAACCUCAAUCGAUCCAAUGGGGAGAUGUGCAACUAAACCUUGGGCGCUCGUUCAAUAUCAGAGGACCGGAUAUCGCUGUUCUGGAAGACGCCAUGAGGCGUUACACGCAUUUGAUAGCGCGUGAACGAUGGGACCCUGUCCAGGUAUCGGAUGCUGACAAUGUCAACCCAGUGCAUGCUUCAAAACACCUAAAUUCUCUUGAUAUUGAGAUUAUAGACAAAGAAGCAGCCUUGACAUUUGGUACAGACGAGUCUUAUACUCUCCAUAUUUCCCCUGAGAACACAAUUGGGACCCUUAAAGCACAGACUGUAUGGGGUGCCCUCCGUGGUCUCGAAACAUUUUCUCAGUUAGUCCAAGCAAAAUACAAUGACAGUGAAGGCGAAGACGAGGAUGAAGACGAGUAUGCGUACGAGGAUGACAAUGAUCUAGGGUUCCAAGGACUUUUUAUUCCCCAAACCCCGAUAAUUAUCAAUGAUGAGCCUCGUUUCUCUCAUCGUGGUCUUAUGCUUGAUACUUCAAGAAACUAUUAUCCAGUCAAGGACCUUCUUCGUACAUUAGAUGCAAUGGCUUAUAACAAAAUGAAUGUAUUUCAUUGGCAUAUCACAGACUCUCAAAGUUUCCCUCUUGUCCUAGAUAGUGUUCCCGAACUUGCAAAAAAGGGAGCUUAUCGUUUACACGGCAAAAAGCUUGUGUACACAAAACAAGACGUUAGGGUCAUUGUCAAACAUGCCCAUUCUCGUGGUAUUCGAGUCAUACCAGAAAUUGAUAUGCCAGGACAUACGGGAUCCUGGGCAAAGGCAUUUAAGCAGUUUAUUUCUGGAAUAUAUCCUUUAUUCAGCACAUGUUCGGACAGGUUCUUUCUUGAUCCUAGUAAUUCCUGGGAGAAAAGAUACGCAGCAGAGCCGGGAUCAGGCCAGCUUAACCCAAUUCUCAAAGGAACAUAUACUUUAGUGAAACAAGUUAUUGAUGAAGUGACUGCCCUAUUUCCUGACGAAUGGUACCACGGAGGAGGAGAUGAGCCAGUUUACAGAUGCUGGGAAGAUGCGAAAUCGGUUCGAGACUACAUGGCUAGAAACAAUGUCACUGGACUUGAUUUACUGAACAUCUUUUUGGAAAAAGAACUGGAGAUUAUUAAUUCGGUAACAGAAAACCAUUUGGCAAUACCAAAAGAUGUGGUGAUCCAAGUGUGGAAAAACCCAGUGAAAAAAGCAGUCAAGGCAGGGUACAAAGUAAUUGCUUCAUCUUCUAAUUUUUGGUACUUGGAUUGUGGCCAUGGACAAUGGAGUGGGAAUGAUACAGCUGUGAAUGAGCAAAGUCCACCUGUCAUCAAAAAACCACUUCAAAAAGCGCUAGAGAAAUAUGAAGGAUCCGAUAAUUACAACCCUUCAAACUGGGGCGGAUCUGGCGGUGAUUGGUGCAGCCCUUUCAAGUCAUGGCAGCGUAUGUACAUUUACGAUAUAACUUACGGGCUGUCAAAAGAAGAGACAAAAUAUGUGCUAGGUGGUGAAUGUGCCCUUUGGUCAGAACAAUCAGAUGAAACGACUUUAGAUGCCAGACUCUGGCCUCGUGCUGCUGCAACUGCCGAAGUCCUCUGGUCAGGAAAUUACGAUGAAGAUGGGAAUAAGCGAAGUGUAGACGAUGCUAUGCCACGCAUGUUCGAUUGGCGUUAUAGAUUAUUGAAGCGUGGUAUCCGUGCUGAGCCCCUUCAACCUCUAUGGUGUGGAUCUCAUCCACAUAUGUGUGACGCUGCUUUCCCGGCCGGAUACUUGUAA